CUUCAAGUAGCCAUAUUGAGAGCAGUGUGAGUCUGUGUGUGAUGUGGAUGGAGUGCAGGUCGCGCUGAACACUCAUAAUUCCUGCACACAGCCACUUGUGACGAUGGCGGCCAGCGAGGUGGAUGCUUUUGCGAAUGAAGAGAAGCGAACUCUGGAGCUCAGUGGCCAUGUGGGGUUUGACAGCCUUCCAGAUCAGCUGGUCAGCAAAGCAUCUGCACAGGGAUUCUGCUUCAACAUCCUCUGUGUGGGUGAGACUGGGAUCGGCAAGUCCACAUUGAUGAACACUCUUUUCAAUACAACAUUUGAAAAUGAGGAAGCCAGCCACUAUGAGCAAAAGGUGGAGCUGCGCCCGCACACGUAUGAACUGCGGGAGAGCAAUGUCAACCUCAAGCUGACUGUUGUGCACACUGUAGGGUUUGGAGACCAGAUCAACAAAGAACAGAGCUACAAACCCAUUCUUGAGUAUAUCGAUGCCCAGUUUGAGAAGUUUCUUGAAGAGGAGCUAAAAAUAAAGCGCUCCCUGUUUAACUACCACGACACGAGGAUCCACAUCUGCCUGUAUUUCAUCGCCCCCAACGGACAUUCUCUGAAGUCCCUCGAUCUCGUCACGAUGAAGAAACUGGACAGCAAGGUGAACAUCAUCCCUGUGAUUGCUAAGGCAGACACUGUGUCCAGGAAUGAGCUAGAAAAGUUAAAGAUCAAGGUUAUGAGUGAGCUGGUCAGCAAUGGAGUCCAGAUAUAUCAGUUUCCCACAGAGGAUGAGGCUGUUGCAGAGAUCAACUCCUCCAUGAAUACUCUUCUGCCGUUUGCUGUGAUUGGAAGCGUAGACGACGUGAAAGUAGGAAAUAAGAUGGUGAAAGGAAGGCUGUACCCCUGGGGAUCUGUGGAGGUGGAAAACGAAAAGCAUUGUGAUUUUGUGAAGCUGAGGGAGAUGUUGCUGCGUGUGAACAUGGAGGAUCUCCGGGAGCAAACGCACGCUCGUCACUAUGAGCUGUACCGUCGCUGCAAGCUGGAAGAGAUGGGCUUCAAGGACACAGGCACUGACAGCCAGUCGUUCAGCCUGCAGCAGACAUACGAAGCCAAGAGGAAGGAAUUUCUUGUGGAGCUGCAGCACAAAGAAGAAGAAAUGAGACAGAUGUUUGUCAACAAAGUGAAGGAGACAGAAGCUGAGCUGAAAGAGAAAGAAAAAGAGCUUCAUGAGAGGUUUGAGCAGCUCAAGCGUAUGCACCAAGAAGAAAAGAAGAAUCUGGAGGAGAAAAGACGAGAGCUGGAGGAGGAGAUGAAUGCCUUCAAUAGGAGGAAGGUUGCAGCAGAGACACUGAUGGGACAGGCACUCCAAGGUUGCUCACAGCAGCCAUUCAAAAAGGACAAAGACAAGAAGAAGCUGACCUGCCAGACUGUAUCUCGGGCAGGGACAAUUCUGUUUACAUUGGACUGGUCUCACCGAUGCUCUCGCCAUGCAGAGCACAGAUGAUACUCAUACAUCCCGCAAAGAGCUGUAAUCAUGAUGUUGCGUAUGCUUUAAAUGCAGCUUGAUCCUGGCAUCAGCCUUAUAAAACACAGCACACCAAAGCUGUCUUAAUAGUCAGUAAAAUAGAAAAAUGAAAAGAACUGAGUGAGCAGAGUUUCUUGGAAACAUUUACUAUUAAUGGUAAGGGCUUCAGUAUUCCAGACAGUAAAAUUUUAUGAGGCGUUUAGCCAGUAUAAUUACAUGUGAGGUGGAUGAAGAGAUUUCAGGUAUUUUAAUGUUUUAAUAAUUCUUCCUGCUAUUCUUAUAACACUGUUUUUGAAAAAGCAAUAAAUGCAUUUUUAUGCAUUUCAAAAUUAACAGCUUCGUACACUAAGCAUAUACACAAAGGGAUUUAUAAAAUAAUCCUUUAAAUAUGUCAUAUGAAAGAUGAGGAAAUGUUUGUAAAAAUCUUACUGUAGACAAGAGUGAGCUGAAGCUUUAAGGUAAGAUAGCAAGUGGAGAGUAUUUAAAGUCACUGUCUAACCAAAAAGUCUGGUUGCUGUUGCUGUUUUUUUUAAAUACACUCACUGAGCACUUCAUUAGGUACACAUUGCUAGUACCAGCUUGACCUCCCUUUUUACUUCAAAAAACCAUCUUAAUUUGUCAUGGUACAGAUUCAACAAGGUGUUAGAAACAUUCCUCAGAGGUUCCUCAGGUCCAUAUUGACAUACUAGCGUCACCCAGCUCCUGCAGAUUUGUCAGCUACAGUGAUCCCUCGCUAUAACGCGGUUUACCUUUCACGGCCUCGCUGUUUCGUAGAUUUUUUUUCCAUGCAAUUUUGCAUGCUUUUUUGAAUUUUAAUUUUUUACAGCACGUUGUGUUCUGUGUCCUGAUUGGCUGUAGAUCAUUGUCAAUCAAUCUCUUCAGUGCCGUGUCUCCUGUACACUACAGAAUGCGUUUAGCUUGUCAAAUUUACAUAAAUCUUCGAUCGCUAGCAGCGUGACUCUGAAGUGCUGUACUGUAUGUUUGGAAGUUUUCUCCCCAACAAACACAACAAUGUCGACGAAAAGUUUUGCACUGUCAAAGGCACCUGCGGUAGCACCCAAAAGGCAGAGGAAGAUGCUAACCAUCGCACAAAAAGUUGCACUUCUGGACAUGCUAAAGGAAGGUAGAAGUUACUGUAUUUUUCAGGUAAUAAGGCGCAUUAAGCAAAACAAAACAGUCAGAUAAGUCAAACUUUACUCAACUCAUUCUUCUUGCUUCCUCCACUUCCGUAUGAUUGAAUUACACUGAAUUGAAUUGAAUUGAUUCAUUAUGUUAAAUUCUCUCACAGCUGCUCUAUUCUGUUCUGUUCUGUACCUGAAAUUAGGGUUUGAGCUUUGGUUUCGUUCUAUAAUACUGGACUUAUUUUUCUACAAAGGUUUGAACUUUGAGAAUGUUUAAACAAGUGAGAAAAGUGUGAAAAUGUUCAUGCCUGUCUCAGAGAAGUGAAUAAAGUGCAUGGUGAGGGGUUUUACAACCUUAAAACAUCUAUAAUAAUUGUAAAUAAUAAAGUUGGCUACUUCACGGAUUUCACCUAUCGCAGGUUGUUUUUAGAACGAGGGACCACUGUAUACAUCCACAAUGUGGAUUUCCCAUUCCACUACAUCCCCAUUGUGCUCUAUUGGAUUGAGACCUGGUGACUAUGGAGGCCAUAGUACAGGGGUAUUGUACUGAGGUUUUGUACUUUUGUAUUGAGUACAGGGAACUCAUUGUCAUGUUCAAGAAAUCAGUUAUCCUGCUAAAAAGAGCCAUCAGAUGAUGGGUACUCCAUCAUACAGAGAUAGUCAUGGUCAGCAACCAUAUUCAGUUAGGCUGUGGUGUUUAAAUAAUGCCUAGAUACGAAGAAAAUAUCGCCCGCACCACCAGCAGCCUUCAUUCUGAUUCUGCCAUCCAAAUUUUGCAGCACAAAUCAAGAUUCAUCACACCAGACAAUAUUUUCCAUUUCCUAUUGUCCAAUUUUGGGUUAUUUUGCAAUAAUGAGCAGCUGAACAGGUGUACCUAAUAAUGUGGCUGGUGAGUGUGUGUAUAGGCAUUGUUGGUGUAUAAAGAGUUAAGCUGUCAGUGUUUUCCUGUUGGACUUGAGCUCAGAGACAGUUUAAACCUCAGACUUGUCACACAGCUAAAUGUCUCUCUGGGAUAUUUGUUAGUAAAUGUGAUUUAAAUGUUAAACUGUCAGUAAUGGGAGUUGAGCUGCCAGCAUAUUUCAACCCAAACACUCUUGCAUUCCAUUUCAUUCACUAUUUACUUUUGAUUCCUGCCAUAUUUCAGAUCCUUCAUCCUUUUUUUUUUUCUUUUGCCAUAUUUUGUCAUAUUUCUUUUCC